AUGGUGGAGAAGCCGGCGAGCCAGGCCGACGUGGGCGGCGAAGUGGAGGCGCAUAAGGAGAGGAAGGGGCUGUGGUCGCCGGAGGAGGACGAGCGGCUGUACACCCGGAUCACCAGGCAUGGCGUGUCCACCUGGAGCUCCGUGGCGCAGCUCGCCGGGCUGCGGCGGAGCGGCAAGAGUUGCCGGUUACGGUGGAUGAACUACCUCCGGCCGGACCUUAAGAAGGAGCCCAUCUCCAAGCGCGAGGAGGAGACCAUCAUCUCGCUCCAGAAAUCACUCGGCAACAGGAGGCUAAAUUUCCAUGAAAUUUGUAUCAGGUGGUCCGUGAUCGCGGCGAAGAUGCCGGGGAGGACGGACAACGAGAUCAAGAACUACUGGAACUCCCGCAUCAGGAAGCGCCAGAACGCCAGCCCCGCAGGCGGGAAGGGGGACAGCGGCUGCGCAAAGCAGCAGGGUGACCUUCCGGCCGCCGAUGACAAGGCCUCCGUGCUAGCAGGGCCCCGAGCGAAGGAACCGGUUAGCAGCAUGGCCUCCGGGGCGACGGCGCCUCCUGUUCCGGCACGGUUCCCACUGUUCGCGUGCCAGCUUCUUGGCUGUGGCGGAGGGGCCGCCGCAAUUGCAGCUGCAGGCACCACCGAGUCGACAACCACUCACGAGAACAACCGCGCCGGCUCAGAGAGCGAUGCUAGCGUGGGCAACGGCAGCGGCGGCGGCGGCGACGGUCGGGAGGGACAUUACUACUACUGCGCCGUCGACGGCGACAUCGACAUGAUCCAUCUCAUGUCGUUCGAUGACCUUCUUGAGUACCCGGCCAGCGAUCUGCUCAUGGAUGCGUGGGAUCGGAAUGGACUCUACUCCACGAAUACGGGGAACUCUGUUGAUUGA